GCCUCACAGGCAACAGGUCGCCGGAGCGUCCCGGCCCCGUCCCGGCCCCGUCCCGCCGCCCCGGCCCGGCCAUGCCGCUGCGGCUGGCUCUCUGCCUGCUCGCCCUCUUUAGCCCCGCCGCCGCGCACGGUGGGAUCUGUUGGCUGCAGCAGGGGAAGGAGGCCAAGUGCACCAUGAUCCUGAAGACGGGUGUGACGUGGGAGGAAUGCUGUGCCAACGGCAACGUGGAUGUGGCUUGGUCUAAUUACACCUACCCAGGCAACAAGAUCAGCCUGCUGGGCUUCCUGGGGCUGGUGACUUGCCACCCCUGCAAAGAGAGCUGUGAGGGGGUGGUGUGUGGCCCUGACAAGGUGUGUAAGAUGAAGCAUGGGCGGCCCCAGUGUGCCUGUGCCCCCGACUGCUCCAGCCUGCCCCGCAAGCUGCAGGUCUGUGGCUCUGACGGCUACACCUACCGAGAUGAGUGUGACCUGCUGACAGCCAAGUGCAGAGACCACCCCGACCUCGAGGUCAUGUACCAGGGCAAAUGCAAAAAGUCCUGCUCCAGCGUGGUAUGUCCCGGCACCCACACCUGCGUGGUCGACCAGACGGGCAGUGCCCACUGUGUGAUGUGCCGCACUGCCCCGUGCCCAGAACCUACCAGCUUGGAUCGUGCCCUGUGUGGCAACAACAACGUCACCUACCCCUCAGCGUGCCACCUCCGGCGGGCCACGUGCCACCGCGGCCGCUCCAUCGGCGUGCGCCACUACGGCAGCUGCACGGCUGUGGCCAAGUUCUCCCCGGAGAUGGACAACGCAGAGGAGAACUACGUGUGAAUCCUCCCUGGGUGCCAGGCUGGACCCAGGAGACAGGGGCAUUAUUGUGUAUAUUGUACAAACCAUAUACCUGAUAUUUAUUAAGAUAAAGAAACAAAAAAGAACCUUAUUUAUACCUGUGUAUGUUAUGCAGUCGUAGGAGGGGCUGAUUCCCAGCUGGGCAGCAGGGGAGGGGAUGCUCUCAAUGCCCACCCAGUGCCCUCUCCCAGCCCUUCCUCACCACUGAGGGGCUUUUGGGCUGCUGCACAUUGGGCCCCCCACCUCCCCCAUCCCCCCCCCAACGUGUCCUUUGGCCAGCAGCCCUGGGCCUAAUUAUUUUUGGAUUGAAUUCUUGGUACUCUGCUGAUGUUCCUGGCUGGGAGCUCGAGGUCUAAAGGGAAUCUGUGCUUUGGAUCUUCCCUGGAGGGGCUCAGCCUCAGCUGCCAGCAGCAGGGAAGGCAGCACAGUGCUGCAUCAUCAUACUGGAGACAGAUAUCUAUUGAUACAUAUAUAUUAAUAUAUGUUUUGUUCUCCUAAAGUUUCAGCACGUGGAUGUUCAGAGGGAUUUUAGUUCAGAUCAGGCUCCCACCCACCUCCAGAGGCGAUGCCAGGGCAAUGGUGCCACUACAGCCCAUGGGAGCCUUGGCAGGGGGGCACAACCAUCCCCACAGCCCCCCCUCCCUGAGCCCACCGCUGCUGCAGCUGCCCAUCUCCAGCUUGCACAGAGCCUUCUUCAUCCCCUUCUUCCCAAACCUCUUUGAAAGCAGCUGUGUGCUGCUUUUUGAGGGAGGCUCAGCUCCCAAAUCCACUUGUGGGGACACAGGGCCAGGAUGGCAAAGGGGGACAGGAGAAGAGUGAUGGCCCUGGUUGGCCCCCAACAGCCCCACUCCCCCUCACCAGUGUGACCCAGCCCCUUCCAGCUCUGUCCACACCCUCUGUAUUUAUUUUUACUUCUCAUGUUGUGUGUUGUCACCUGUGUAAAUACCAUCUCAUCUCUGACACUGAGAAGUUACUGCCUUUAUAUAAAUAUCAUAUAUAUAUUAUAUAUAUAUAUAUAUAUAAAUACCCUAUUUUCUAUUUUUGUAUGGUUGCAUUCUGAUCCCUGAGGCAGAUGCUGUGGGAACACACACAUUUCCUACUGCAUAUUGUUGAGGGGCAUUUUACAGCUGUGUUACAAAUGUGGAUUAUAAUUAAACCAAGA